AAAACAUUUUUGCUACGCUUUGUUAAUUUAGUUAAGAUGUUCAUUUGACAACACAAGUGCUCUUUCUUUUGUGUUUCAAGGACCAGUUCCCAAUUUAAUUCACCUGUUGAAAAUCAAUGGGAGCAUCCAUUGUUACCAAAUGAAACAAGUUGUAUAUUGAAAUUUUGGCCUACAAAAUUAUGCCCUCUAGUCUUCAUGCAUCAAUAGUUCCUGUGUAUGACUCAGGAAAGUGUGAUCAUGUUUUCAAUAUUUCUGAUUCCCUCGUUGACUGAUCUUGCACUGAAUGAAAUAUAACAGUUUUUGAUAUAAUGUGCAAUCUGAUUGGCAUGAUGCCACGUCAACAUUCGUGUAUGGUUAUGACUCGCAUAUGGCACCCAUGUCCUGUUAACAUAGCUUGAUGCUAACACAAGAGAAAGUUUGCGAAUUUUCAAAAGUACAUAAUUAUGAUGUAACCCCUGUGCUGUGGCUUUACAUUCAGUUUCUCCCAAAUUUCCCCUUGUUUUUGUGUCAGCUUUGUAGAGAUGCUCUGUUUCUUUAAUACAAAAUGCCACAAUCAGACUUGUGUCUAAAAUUAUGCCCUCUUCAUGCACCAGGACAUUUUUAAAAAAAUUGAUCACGUGAUUAUCAUUUCUUUAGCACUUGUGUGGACAAUGACUGAAAGACCUUCAGUUGAUGCAAAUACAACAUUUCGUUACAUGAAAACUACAGACUGAAACUAAUGAGCAAGGAUGUCAAGCAAUAGGUGAUGGACAUUUCAUUAGGGGGUGCAACUUCUGACAGAGGCAGCAAUGGAGAUCAGGCAUCAGUGUCCAAGUUAUUAGCUUCUGACAUGAAUUACAUUGCUGGAAAAACAGAAGACCAUCAGGCAGAUGAGGUGGAUUUCGCUGGAGUUCAAAACUUCUACAGCAAGAUCCCGACAACAUUCCGCGACCCAAGCUCUGCACCCCUUAGAAAACUCAGUGUGGACUUGAUCAAAACCUACAAGCACAUUAACGAGGUGUACUACGCUAAGAAAAAGAAACGAAAGGAGCUGGAGAAAAACGAAGAAGGAGGGCACAAAAAAGAGCGGCGAUUGUACAACGAUGGAUAUGACGACGAGAAUUUUGACUAUGUCAUCAAAACAGGGGAAAAGUGGUUUGAUCGUUACGAGAUCGAGUCAUUAAUAGGCAAGGGAUCCUUCGGUCAGGUUUGCAAAGCUUACGAUCAUCAAGAAAAAGAAUACAUCGCCAUAAAAAUCAUCAAAAACAAAAAGCCGUUCUUGAACCAAGCACAGAUUGAAGUUCGCUUGCUGGAGCUUAUGAACACGCAUGACCCAGAGGGAAAAUACUACAUCGUGCGACUCAAGAGACACUUCAUGUACAGGAAUCAUUUGUGUUUAGUCUUUGAACUUUUAUCGUACAACUUGUACGACUUGCUUCGAAACACGAACUUUAGAGGAGUUUCACUGAAUCUGACCAGGAAAUUUGCUCAACAAAUGUGCACGGCUUUGCUGUACCUAUCCACACCGGAACUCAAUAUAAUCCAUUGUGAUUUGAAGCCAGAAAACAUUUUAUUGUGUAAUCCAAAGAGAAGCGCUAUCAAGAUCGUGGAUUUCGGAAGCUCGUGUCAGCUUGGACAAAGGAUUUACCAGUACAUCCAAAGUCGCUUCUACCGCUCACCUGAAGUUCUUCUAGGAGUACCUUAUGAUCUUGCUAUAGACAUGUGGAGUUUAGGAUGUAUUUUGGUCGAAAUGCAUACUGGCGAACCACUCUUCAGCGGGGCAAAUGAGUUUGACCAAAUGAUGAAAGUUGUAGAGGUUUUGGGUCUUCCUCCGAAGCACAUGCUAGAAAGUGCGCCCAAGGCCAGAAAGUUUUUCGAUCGCUUGCCAGAUGGCAGUUACACGUGUAAGUGCAGUAAGGACGGCAAGAAGGAAUAUCGACCACCCGGAACACGGAAACUCCACGAUGUUUUAGGAUGUGAGACAGGAGGCCCGGGAGGACGAAGACAAGGGGAAUCCGGGCAUUCACUUCAGGACUACUUAAAAUUCAAGGACCUCGUUUUACGCAUGCUCGAAUUCGACCCGAAGGCGCGAAUAGCGCCCUAUCAGGCUUUGCAACAUUGCUUCUUCAAAAAGACUGCUGACGAAAGCACAAACACUUCGCAUUCUGCUAACUCGUCUCCCGCCAUGGGAGGAACAACAAAUAGAACUGCGAGCACAACCAGCACUGCAGUGUCCAGCGGUGGCACGCGCGCAUGCUCAGACCCCACCACUCACGCGACGGUGACAUCAUCAGCUAUGGAAUGCGACAGUCCGAGUGGCAAAGGACCGCAGACAUGGGGCAACGCGGGCGGGGGCAUUUCAUCGCAUUUCAAAAGAACUACUGAGAGAACUUCCUGCAAUAAUUCGGAUUCUAGAAUUGCAGCGCAAGGACUUCAACAGACCUCGUCGUUACCAGGAGCUCACAGUGAAGGCUCGUCAGCCUAUAGUUCUGCUUCCAUUAACACUUCUCUGCACAGCGGCGAGGCGGGCCGAAGUCAAGGAAGAGAUUUCGGUAUCGGUGGAGGAAUUUACUGCAGCUCAGAAACUGUUUCAAAUUAUUCGUCGUCUUCCUCUUGCAAUUCAAUGACUGUUGAGCCACAUGGAUCAGCGGUUGGGAGCUCUCUACCCCCGGAAGCAUUCACGCAACUGAACUACUCUGCAACGAACUUGUCACUCAAUCCGGGGGAGCACGAAAUUAAUUGCGUGGGAUCGUCCACGGCGAUUCCAAAUUCGAUGACUAAUCCGCGGGGUAUUUCGAUGGGACACCGGAGGGAUUAUGCGCGUCAGCAUUCGGCGGGGGACGAAUCUCCCAUGGUGGGAGUAUGCGUACAGCAAAGUCCAGUGGUUAGCAAUUAACGAGUAGAAAAUGGCGAAACCCCCUAGGGCAACCCCGUUGCCCACUCUUCAGGCCCCGACCUGUUCCGCCAUACCGCGCCCCAUCCAGCCAAAAUUCCCUUUAAGGAGAAUGGGCAAUGUUGUUUCGUCCAUACAUCAUGAAGUGAAAUGUCAAGUGAAAGAAGCCCCUUGCGGAACAUGGGGAACGUGGUUAUUAACGGCAGUCCCGCCCUUUCAAGUCCCCCCUAUGAAACGACCGUAACAGUGGCAUCGAGUCGUUUAUAUUGUUUCAACGAGACGCACGCGCUUGCAAAGCCAGCUGGGACACACAGCUACUGGUGCUACACGCGCAUGCUCUUCUACAGGUAGCCGCUACUUUUUUAUUUCUUGUUUCCGACUUCUUUCAGGGAAGUAAGUCAGGAGUUUACCAUUGGAGAUUGUCAUGGGUCGGUUGAGGAGAGUUUUUAAGUUGUAUUGAUCCUGAGCGCGACGAUUCAGUCUGUUUGCGUUCCGCGACAGUGCAUUAACGGCUCCAAACUUUAGGCUGUAGGAAAGUAGUGCAAAGUAAUUAAUAUAUUGAGAGUUUACAGUUCUCUUGAAAGCGUCUUAAACCAGCGCUCCCUUCUACCGAGCUUUUAAGUUUUUAUGGCGUUUUAUUCGUUUAAAGUAAGAACUGUUCCUAUUUGAGUUGUCGUAUUUUCACGUUUUUUCAACACUGGUUGUUUUUAGUUUGGUCUUUUUGGGAAGAGUCUGAUAGAGUACUUUAACAAACUGCAAUUUUAACACUUUUUAGACAAUGCCGUUUACGUAGAUUUAAUGAGUCAUCCAUUUAUGAAAUUCUUUGAGCAAACUUACAGAGAACGAAAAGUAAUCGUUAAUGUUUGGUUUUAUCCUUUCUGGGCGUAACAUCACCCAUUUGCAGUUUUUAAAACAUUUUUAGUUAACCACAUUUCUUAACGGUGUAGGUAAAAUUUGAAUUAGUUUUGUUGCUGUAACAGAACUUGUCAGACAACUUAAAUGCUCGUGAACUGCGAAAAGUAGUUUCACCGUUGAAGCCGGUUUGUAGAAUAUUUGGUUGCGUUAUUGAGAGUCUGUUCUUGUAAAAGUUCUCAGAGUGAGUGGCCGACCUAACGAUGAGUUCAUCCGGUAGUAUACUCAUAUAAUCCAGACAUUUUGUUAGAAAGUUAAACACACAUUUAUUUCUAAGUUACGUUACUCCAAUCGAAUAUUUUAUCGGCGACUUUUAGUUUUAUUAUAUUAUAUUUAAUUUAUUUAUUGGGUUGGACUCUGGGAACGGCACGGAAACUUCAUGCAGGAACAGACUCUCGCUAAAAGCAAUAUGAAAAGACGUGGAAGCCGAAUUGUAGAUUUCGUUAAAGAAUUGAACUUUAUGAGAGAAGAGGGUUAAAGAUAAGCUGUUUUACAUAUUUAUUGAAUGGAGGUACAAGUUCUUACUAGUGGGUAAGGGAGAAAUAUUGGGAUAUACAGUCAAGUCUGUCUAUAUGGGGUAACGUUUUUUACCAAGCCAGGGAAGAAAAACCGUCGCGCAAACUCCACGUGGGAAGGUCUCGCGCGGUCAUCGUACGUCGUGCGUGAAAAAAUUUCGCGUGACUGAUUUUGCGCGCGCUCUGAUGCUUGUGUGACAGUUUUGUCACGAAGAGGAAUUUUGCAAAGGGUAAUGUAGGUGUGCUCGUUGUUAAAGUUACGUAAGUUAGUUAUGAACUGAUAAUAAGUAAUUUUCCCUAGCUGAGACGUUCUUCGUCUUUGGUGCUCCUGCUCAGAAGUCUGAAAAUCAGCGUCGGCAAAGAACCUCUCAGCUGAGGGAACUUGUCGUUUCUUUGGUCAUUGCUAGUAAGAACUUAUCUUCAUGGAAGGUUAGCGAGAUUUCUGGGAUGAAACUUUCUUACUGCUUUACUCUUGUUUAUUGGUCGAUCUAUAGGGGAGUCUUUGCUUACAAGAUUUGCCUCAUUAGCAAAAGCGAUUCAGUUUCAGAUUGAGCUUAAAAAAAAAUUUUAUAAAAAGUGUAUGGGCUCAUUAACUGUAUUUGCCACCCACAAAUUUAGCAGUUUCUAUAGGAUCCAAAGACCUAAAACGUUCACCGAUUGUUAAGUUUCUCAAGCUCUUCGACUGUGUAAAGUCUAUUUAUAUGUUACAUGCCUUCUCUUCUCAAAGAGUCGCACGCUAAUGAGACAUAAUGUGAACAAACGUGUCUGCAAAGAUUGCCCGAUAUAGAUAUCACAGAUACUUCGUUAUUCUUUACUGAUAGGAAACAACUGUACGAUCCAACAAGAUAACCGCGCUGGACUUAUUGUCAUUAUUUAUUUUUCUCAGUUUUUAGCGAAGAAAACUUGUUUUAUUUAGUGGUAGAACAGCGUUCUAAUGUUCCAUUUUUUGAGAUUGUCACGCAACGCUCCUCCAUUGCGUGACAAGUCUUGACAACAGCUUAAACUGACGAUAGCUUCACGAAAGCUUUCACUGUAUGCAGAAGCUGACAGCAGCCUUUUUACCCUCGCUUUAGCCUGGCAAAACACCAACAAGCUAUUUGAUUUUACAUUUUAGUCAGAAAUCAAUUUUAAAAAAGAUGUACAUUUUGAAAGAAAAAUUCGCUGUAAGAUAUUGUAAAACUUUGAUUUUUAACUGAAGUCCUACAAGGCUUGGUAAAAUGUCGUUUAAGUCUUUUUUAAUAAAAAAAAAAAAAAAAUGUUCCAGAGCAUAAUGCUGUUGGUGUCUCUGAUUUACUCUGCAAACUUUUCGUGGAAUGCCUAUUUUCCAAAUUCUAAGAGAGUAGGGUGUAAUCCAGUCUCGUUCCCCAGUUCAAGCCGGCUCUAGAGGCAAGAUUCGCCCCAAUAAUGGUGUAAUGAGCAUUUCGUAUCGCGCGAUCGAUAUUUUCAUCGUAAGAGAGUGGUCUAAUAUCUCACCUAAAAAGUCCUAAGCUGGCGUCAUAGCUGUUCAACUUUCGUUCCCAUGGUCUCUGUUCUU